AUGGUGGGUGUUUAGAGGUGGGUGGUAGCGGUGUCCCCUGUCUCAGUCUGUGCUCAAGCUUGAGCCAGAAGUUUGCAAAUAUUUGUUCCAAGCUUGACAAGGGGGCUCGUUGUACUUCAUGUCCGCUCGCGGAUCGUGUGGUCUCCGCCAUCUUGGAAGGGCCUCGCGGCCCUCUUAUAUGUUCCUCGCUUGUGUGUGCCAUAGCUGGGAGGACUCCCAGUAGUGGACCGGGAUCACCCCCAGCGGUCCAGGGGGGUUGCGGGGUGCACGUUCACUGCAAUCGGCUCCCGAGCCGCUCCAGGUUGAGAGCUCGGCCGCCGCUCCCAUCCAGUGCGCACCCGGCCACAUGCCUUCGCGGCUAUAGCCUGCUGUCUGUCUUCUGCUCACGGGCCGCAUUACCGGUUUACCGUGUAGACCGAGGGUCAGUGUGUCGCUUGGGGUCAGUUUGUGCCGUGUCUUGUGGGUCUGAGAUGCUUUUUUAGCUAUUGUAGCUUAGUUCAGGAGGGAGCUUCAGCUAGGCACGUCUUCCCUCCAUGACAGUCAGGCCCCGCCCCCCCUAUAAGAAUUAUAAUUUAAACAGAGUGUAGUGUUUUUCUGAUUUCUUUCAGAUGUAAUAUGCUUUGAAGUUGUUUUCCAAAUAUCUCUCAGUUGUAUAAAUGGCGUCUGCAUGGAUCAGGCACAUGUUAAAGCGGCACUGUCAUGCCGAACUUACCUUUCCCCAAUCGCUUCCUCUUUUCUCCCUCUCUCAGGAUCUGUUCUUCAUUUCUUCUCGUCUGCUCUAGCUUUCUUAAAAACAUAGGACAAAGUAGGGACUAUGUGUCUUAUUGAGGUUUCCUACACCUGACCAUCUCUGACCAGUGUACUUCAUUUCCGCUGGUCAGAGCAAUUUUCUCACAAUUCUCACCUUUUCUCCAUGUUCCCGCGAUGCAUUCUGUCACCUUUCCCGAACGUCCUGUCACUUAGACAGUAUGCCGGCAAAGCUACCGAAUUGCGUCCUAGUUAUCUACCAGUAGGCUGAAAGACCUAAAUUGGUCUUUCAGGCAAAUUUACUAAUACUAAGUAAAGAUUACUUAGUAUUAGUAAAUGCUGCCCCUACUUGCUAUAUCGCGAAUAGGGGCAUGUCUACUAAACAGUGAGCCACCAUAGGAAUAAUGCUUUCCUGAGGGGGAAAUACUGAUGUGAGCAUGGCCAUUGCCAUGCAUGCGCAUUAGGUCUCCGGCGCUGGCGGAGCUGAGCCAGUGUCAAGGGACAUCAGCGUUGAACUCAGGUUAGUGACAGAAAGGGGGAGGGGAGGGAAGCCUUGACAGUGGCAGAAGCUACAGUGCCAGGAAAACGAGUUUGUUUUCCUGGCACAAUAGUUUCCUUUCAAGAGUAAUGCUGGGGUCUGACGGACCCCAUAAAAGAUUCCUUUUUUUUAAGAUUAGAAAUGGUGUAUGGCUGUCAACAUGUUUUAUUGUUUGCAUAUGUAACUCUCCACUUCUGCAAGAUGUUUUUCACGCUUUGUGCUGUAUGGUACAAUUUAUUUUCGCUGACCUCUGAGUGUAAGUUAAAUCUAAUAUAAAUGUUUUACUAUGGCAGGUUUUCAUGUCAAAGAACAAACAUUGAUCACAGAAAAUGUACUGUAUAUUAAUAUGUUUUCAGCAAACCCGCCCCCCCCCCCCAAAAAAAAACACAUUUGCUAAAAAGGAAGGGAAAUCAUAAUAGUAGGCAAGCAUCUCAGAACGGUUUAAAUAAUUUUUCUGAUCAAUCCUGUUUGUUUGGUUUUGUUUUACAGAAUCUCUGCGGAAUCACAAGCAUUCUCUUUUGAAGCAAAAUGUUAAAGUUCAAGGGAACAUUGGAACUUCCUGCACUUCCUGUGAAAUAUUUGAAAUUCAAUACACCGAGCUCUUCAUCACCGAUGAGGACCAGAAUGAAGCUCCAAACCAGCAUGAAUACUUUACAUUAGCCAAUCGUCGGGCUCGGAUCUAUGAGCACAACAAACAUAAAAAAAUCAAGCUGACUGAUCUUAUUUCCCCAAACAAUCCAGAAUGCAGGGAGCCACGCAAGGUGCUGAUAACUGGGAUAGCUGGCAUUGGCAAGAGCUUCGCAGUGAGGAGGAUGAUGCACGAGUGGGCAAUGGGAAUGGCUUUCAAAAAUGUCUCCUGUGCAAUGAAUUUUGCAUUGCGUGAGCUUAACUUAAUAGAAGGUCCAGUCAGCUUUCUUGACUUAGUCACACGAAACCAUAUUCAUCUUCAAGGUGUAUUAGAGGAACUGUGUAAGGAUCCUACAGACCUAUUGGUCAUAUUAGAUGGACUAGAUGAAUUCAAACACCCAAUCAACAAAGGAAAGAAGGUUGAUACCAUCACUGAACGGGUUCCUAUUCAAGAUCUGGUAUAUAGCCUCAUCAAUGGAACAUUACUGUCCAGAGCAUUCGUUGUGGUAACUAGCAGGCCCCACACAACCACUUCUUUGGUCAUGUUUGACCGAAAAGUGGUUAUCCUUGGUUUUGAUGAAAAGCAUGUGAACAAUUUCUGCUUGAGGUUCUUCAGAAACAGCGAACUAUCUGAGAAAGUCUACCAGUACAUCAUGCAGAAUGAUAACCUUUCCGGUUUGUCAUUUAUUCCACUCUACUGCUUCAUCAUCUGCACGGCACUCAAAGGCUUCUUCUCGAACAUCUCAGAGCCCUGCUCCACUGGCAAACCACCACAAACUAUGACUGAGGUUUAUUCCUGCUAUCUGUGUACCACCAUGCAUCAUCGCACAAAUAAAGAGACAUCCAAAACAAAUAAUACUGAGCAGGAGUCCAUUGUACUCUGCACUGAGGCAACUCUUGCAGAAAUGAAGGGCAUUCUUUGUCAGCUGGGAAAACUGGCCUAUUACUCAUUAUUGAAUAAUAAAAUUCUUUUUUAUGGAGAAGACCUCAAAAGAUUUGGGUUUGACCCAUCCCAAUUACCGGAUUCAUUUAUGAAUAGAAUUUUUGUGCACGUGGAAGGGAAAGGGCCCACCGAAAUGUUUUCAUUCUUUCACAUGACUAUACAAGAGUAUUUUGCAGCCCUGCACUGUGUGAUUUGCAUGUCUCCAGACCCUAAGGAACUUAUACAAUGCUUGGAUCUCUGGUGUUUUGGGAAUCAUCCACAAGAGCCGGUACAAAGUCAGCUCCUGUCUUCAUCUAUGAAAAUUAUAACUGCCAAGCAGUGGGAGAAUCUGGAAAUCUUCUCUAGAUUCUUCAUGGGAAUUCUCUCCAACAGAAUUGAAGGGAAAUUAAAGGGGCUGGUGGAUUGUAUGAGUGCUGAUAUUCUUGGUCCCCUUGCCAAAUGGUUUAAAGGAAAAAUUAAAUAUGCAGUCAAUCGGAGACUCCUAAAUCUUUUACAUUGCCUUAGGGAACUUCAGCGAAACACAGUAGUGGAAGAAGUAGCUCCUGACAUUGAUGAGGUCAACUUGUUCAAGGUUAUCCUAAACCCUGCGGACUGUGCUACACUCUGCUACGUGUUGCAACAUUCCACCACCAGACUUAAAAUCUUAAACCUUGGCUACACGAAUAUUGGCAUGCAAGGGCUUCGAAGGCUACAGCCAUUGCUCCAUCGAUGUCAAACACUCCAGUGA